AUGGAGCCCCCGGGCAAAAGGGGAUCAUGGGGCCCGUGUCCUUGCCCAAACUCAAAAAAAGCCUAUGAAAAAGGUACCAGGGUUAAAUGUACCUCAAUAGGACAUUCUGCAUCCAAAGAAAAACAGCACAACACAAAGCAUGUUGAAUGCCAAGGAUUGUGCACAGGGGCGGACUGACAACUCAUGGGGCCCCCGGGCAAUAGGGGAUCAUGGGGCCCCUGUGUCCUUGCCCAAACCUAUGAAAAAGGUACCGGGGACAUCUCAUGGGGCCCCCCCCCUACCGACCCCCGGGCCCUCGGGCAGUGCAUGGGUUUUCAAAUUUGGUCAGUCCGCCCCU